AUGUUGCCCCUCGACCCUCCACGUCCACGCAUGUAUGUUGCCCCUCGACCCUCCACGCCCACGCAUGUAUGGUGCCCCUCGACCAUCUACGCCCACGCACGUAUGUUGCCCCUCGACCCUCCACGCCCACGCAUGUAUGUUGCCCCUCGACCAUUCACGCCCACGCAUGUAUGUUGCCCAUCGACCCUCCACGCCCACGCAUGUAUGUUGCCCCUCGACCAUCCACGCCCACGCAUGUAUGUUGCCCAUCGACCCUCCACGCCCACGCAUGUAUGUUGCCCCUCGACCAUCCACGCCCACGCAUGUAUGUUGCCCUCGACCAUCCACGCCCACGCAUGUAUGUUGCCUCUCGAUCCUCCACGUCCACGCAUGUAUGUUGCCCCUCGACCCUCCACGCAUGUAUGUUGCCCAUCGACCAUCCACGCCCACGCAUGUAUGUUGCCCCUUGACCCUCCACGCCCACGCAUGUAUGUUGCCCUCGACCAUCCAAGCCCACGCAUGUAUGUUGCCCUCGACCCUCCACGUCCACGCAUGUAUGUUGCCCUCGACCCUCCACGCCCACGCAUGUAUGGUGCCCUCGACCAUCUACGCCCACGCACGUAUGUUGCCCCUCGACCCUCCACGCCCACGCAUGUAUGUUGCCCCUCGACCAUUCACGCCCACGCAUGUAUGUUGCCCAUCGACCCUCCACGCCCACGCAUGUAUGUUGCCCCUCGACCAUCCACGCCCACGCAUGUAUGUUGCCCAUCGACCCUCCACGCCCACGCAUGUAUGUUGCCCCUCGACCAUCCACGCCCACGCAUGUAUGUUGCCCCUCGACCAUCCACGCCCACGCAUGUAUGUUGCCUCUCGAUCCUCCACGUCCACGCAUGUAUGUUGCCCCUCGACCCUCCACGCAUGUAUGUUGCCCAUCGACCAUCCACGCCCACGCAUGUAUGUUGCCCCUUGACCCUCCACGCCCACGCAUGUAUGUUGCCCCUCGACCAUCCAAGCCCACGCAUGUAUGUUGCCCUUCGACCCUCCACGUCCACGCAUGUAUGUUGCCCCUCGACCCUCCACGCCCACGCAUGUAUGGUGCCCCUCGACCAUCUACGCCCACGCACGUAUGUUGCCCCUCGACCCUCCACGCCCACGCAUGUAUGUUGCCCCUCGACCAUUCAUGCCCACGCAUGUAUGUUGCCCAUCGACCCUCCACGCCCACGCAUGUAUGUUGCCCCUCGACCAUCCACGCCCAUGCAUGUAUGUUGCCCCUCGACCAUCCACGCCCACGCAUGUAUGUUGCCCCUCGACCCUCCACGUCCACGCAUGUAUGUUGCCCCUUGA